AUGAUGCCGCGAUCAUGGCUAGCGGCAUUGCUUGCCAUUGCUCAGCUUUCGCCGGUUUGUCGCGCCGACGAUGCCGACGCGUUGGAUGUUCCCUCGGCCGACAACUACCUGAGACGAGUCUUUGCACGGGCGUCCGUCCUCGGCGAUUGGGCUUACUUUGACGGAGGAGAAGUGUCCCAGUACAUCGAAAACGGCAAGAACACCUCGAGACCGUCCUCGCCGCUGUCAAGCACCCUCUCCAUCGACCUCUCCAAGUCCUGGAAGCCCGCCGAUGUGGCCAUCAAGCAGACCCAGAAGGGUGCCCAGAACAUGAUGAGACAGGCAAUCUUCACCGACAACUCGACGAGCUCGUUCUACAUCUGGGGAGGCUUCGCAUCCUAUACCGCCGAUCCGCCCGCCGCGCGGCUCUGGAAGUUCCGCGCCAACGGCGACGGCGGCGGCUCGUGGAGCACCGACCUGAAGCCCGGCAACGACUUCUUCACCCAGCUCACCCGCUCCCAGGGCGGCGUCUACGUGAGCACCCCCGACUCGGGCUUCUACUUUGGCGGUUACUCGGACGCCAAGUCCGACCCCAACCCAGAGGGCCCCGUACCCGGGUUCUUGCAGUUCAACUACACGGCAACGGACCAGGCGUGGACGAACCAUACCGAGGCCCCCUACUCCACUUACGGCACUCUGGUCGGGGGCAGCGCGCACUACGUUCCCAACUACGGGCCUAACGGCUUGAUCAUGAUCUUUGGUGGGAGGUCGCACGUCAUCGGAAGCGGGCAGAGCAACAGCAACGUGGGCUGGCUCGACUUCGGAUCGAUCCACGUCAUGGACCCCGUGACGAAGAAGUGGUACUCCCAGAAGACCAGCGGAAACGCCCCCGGGGCGCGCAUGUGGCACUGCACCGUCGGCGCGCAGAGUCGCAACAACACUUGCGAGAUUUUCGUCUUUGGCGGCACCAACAUGGCAAACCGAGAGACCUACGACGAGGUGCACGUCCUAUCACUCCCCGGGUUCGUCUGGAAGAAGGCGGACUACGCACCCACCUCGCCGCGCGAUUGCAUGUCAUGCAUCGUCGCCGGCCAGCGGCAGAUGGUCACCUUUGGGGGCAUCGACCGGAUGAAGUGGAACGACAACUCGACAGACUUCUUCCGCGACCCGGACACGUUCCCUCAGGGGGUCGGUGUUUUCGACCUGACGGAUAUGACGUGGAAGGACGAGUACAACGCGGAUGCUUCCAGCUACGACUCGCCAGAGGCUAUCAAGACUUGGUAUAACGAAGGCAACAUCGCGAAUGUCGAGUACUCUGAAGGGGUUGAGGGGCUCAUGAAAUCCGGCACCGCGGGCUCCGGCUUCUUCUCCGGUUCUGGUUCCGACUCGACGCCCGUCGACUCUGGAUCCGGAUCAACAAACACCGGCGCCAUUGCCGGCGGCGUCGUGGGAGGCGUCGUGGGCGUCGCCCUGAUCGUGCUGGCCGCCUUCUGCCUCAUGAGACGGCGGAAGCACAAGAAGGUGCCGACCGAAGAGACCGGCGCCGCCGUCGAGGCGCCGGCCCACCCCCACGGCAUGGAACAGGCGUACUCCCCGAACCCGCCACCUUCGACGACGGUGGCGCCCUCGGAGCUGCAGGGAGAGUACCACGAUCACUCGCCGUACUCGGCGUCCGAGGUGCCCAAGACGAUGCAGCCGCCCGAGAUGGACGCGCAGGAGCCGCGGCAUUUCUACGCUGCGGAGCUGGACGGAUCGGAGGCGCGGAGAUGA